AUGGAUGAGGAUGCACUCAAAGACUAUCUCCCGGCCUCUUUCGGAGCGUCAGGGGGUGGAGUUGACAUCGAAGCACAGAUGGAGAUGGCGAGGAGGAAAGGACCUGGUGUGCCUGAGCCCAAGGACAAGGCAUCACCCGGUUCGAAGGGUGACAGUGACUCGGAUGACGACUCGGAUGACGACUCAGAAGAAGACGAGGACGAGUACCCUGUUUCUCAUGAGAUCGUCUUCAAGACUCACGAUCGUGCUGUGACCACCAUCUCCUUGGACCCGUCUGGAUCCCGGAUGAUCACCGGCUCAACAGACUGCACAGUCAAACUAUACGACUUUGCAUCUAUGGCACCCAACACUCUACGAGCCUUCAAAUCCGUCGACCCGACCUUCACAAAGGGCUCGGCUGCUUCGGAGACUCAUCCGGUGUAUACUGCCAAGUUCAAUCCCAACUCACCGAGCCAGGUUCUGGUGGUCUCAGCCACGCCGCAAGCCAGGAUUCUGUCCCGCGACGGCGAAACUCUGACUGAGUUCGUCAAGGGUGACAUGUACCUCCGCGACAUGAACAUGACCAAGGGCCACAUCAGCGAAAUCACCUGUGGCACGUGGCACCCGUAUGCCUAUGACCUGUGCGUGACCGCCGGAACGGACAGCACCCUGCGCAUCUGGGACGUGAACGUGCGGAACAAGCAGAAAGAGGUCAUCGUCCACAAGUCCAAGCUGGCGGGGUCGGCCGGGCGAAGUCGAAUGACGGCUGUCGCCUGGGGGAGUCAGGUCGAAGGCGGAAAUAGUCUCCUCGUUGCUGCGGCGCUGGAUGGCUCCCUGAUGAUGUGGGGGGGCGACGGGCCUCACCACAGGCCCAGUGGCGAAAUCACCCAGGCCCAUACUAGCAACACUUGGACAAGCGGCGUCGACAUCAGUGCUGAUGGACGACUGGUUGUCACCAGAGGCGGUGACGACACGGUCAAGCUGUGGGAUACACGCAAAUUCAAACAGCCUGUCAAUUCUACCACUCACGCCUCGACGUCAAGUCAAUACUCGACGUCGAACAUCCUGUUCGCUCCCAAUGCGUCCUCCAUCAUCACCGGUUCUGAGACAGGGGACCUGUACAUCCUCAACCCUGCCACCCUGAAACCCGAACUCGUCACUCCCGUCACCACGGGGUCACCCCUGAUCAGUGUGCUCUGGCACGACAAACUGAACCAAAUAAUCACCGGCAGUGCCAACGGCGAGACCCAUGUGCUUUUCAAUCCGAGAACCUCCACCAAAGGCGCCGUGAGCGUCAUGUCCAAACCCCCGAAACGUCGCCACGUCGACGACGACCCGACCCUUACCACGGACAUGUCCCAAGGGAUCUCGAGCGACGCCAUCAUCAACCCCGGGACCGCCAGCGAGGCCAUCCAGGGCAGCACGUUUGCGUCGCGACACCCGACCAUCGGGCUCACCGCGUCAGGCAAGUCGCGUGACCCGAGGAGACCACACAUCCCGGCCACGACGCCGUUUGCCAAGAGCCAACCCGACGAGCGGCACAUCAGGGAACGAAUCCCGCUGAGCACGAUGAGGGAAGAAGACCCGCGGGCCGCGCUUCUCAAAUACGCCGACACGGCCGAGAAGGAUCCCAUGUUCACCAAAGCAUGGAAGACCACGCAGCCGAAGACCAUCUAUGCGGAAUUAAGUGACGAGGAAGAAGACGCCGGCCCACAGAAGAAGAAGCAGAGAACAUGA